UAAGUUCAAACAUGGCGGCCGGUUAACAGGGUGUUUUUCUUUAGUUUAUACGGCGUAAUUGUCUUCAUUUGGCAGUAAUAAUGACGGCUAAUAAUGGACAAAGCGAGCCUGUUAUCUUGGCUACUGCAGGGUACGAUCAUACCAUACGAUUCUGGCAAGCACAUAGUGGAAUAUGUUGUCGAACCGCUCAGCACCCCGACUCGCAGGUAAAUGCUAUGGAAAUCACACCAGACAGACAACUACUGGCUGCAGCAGGGUACCAGCAUAUCAGAAUGUAUGAUAUUAAUUCCUCGCAUGCUAAUCCAGUAGUAAAUUAUGAUGGUGUAUCUAAGAAUGUUACAGCCGUUGGUUUCCAUGAGGACGGGAAAUGGAUGUUUACUGGCGGAGAGGAUGCAUCAGCUAGGAUUUGGGAUCUACGGUCAAGAAACCUUCAAUGUCAAAGAGUAUUUCAAGUUAAUGCUGCAGUAAAUUGUGUGUGUCUUCAUCCUAACCAGGGUGAACUUAUUGUUGGUGACCAGAGUGGUGCAAUUCAUAUGUGGGAUUUAAGAACAGAUCAUAAUGAACAACUGAUUCCAGAUGAAAGUGCUUCUGUACUGUCUAUUAGUAUUGAUAGAGAAGCUACAUACAUGGCAGCUGUCAACAAUAAGGGGAAGUGUUAUGUGUGGAGCCUGUCUGGGGGAACCAAUCAAGAUCCUACAGUAUUACAUCCAAAAACCAAAAUAGAUGCUCACAAGAAAUACUCCCUUAAAUGUCAAUUCAGUCCAGAUUCAUGUUUGCUUGCAACAGCGUCAGGGGAUCAGACUGUAAAAAUAUGGCAAACAGCUGACUUUUCAUUGAAGUCAACCUUAAAAGAUCCUACYCAGAGAUGGGUGUGGGACUGUGCUUUCUCUGAAGACUCUCAAUACCUUGUCACCGCAUCAUCUGAUAGCAUUGCWCGUCUAUGGAAUGUCGAUGAAGCUGAGGUUGUGCGGGAGUACAAAGGACACCAGAAAGCUGUUGUAGCCCUUGCAUUCAGAGAUGCACAAGUAAACUGAAAUCACUAUGUAAAGAAGAACAUUGAAGUGUCUGUUGAAUGAGAAACUAUUUUGAUUGCCUGCACAGACAACCAGUGCAGUCUCUUUUUGAUGAAGAGGAGUCAGUCAGGAAGAGUGUAGGAAUUGACAAUUUCCAAGAAAUUUGGAUCUUCCAAAAACUGCGCAGAUGCACAUUUUUUGACCCCAAAUGACUUGCUUUCGUGUGCGCACCUGCUAUUUUUGACAGCAAGCGUUGAAGCCUUUCUGUUAUCUCAAAUGAAGAUAUUUGCACAUGUACAAAAUGCAAUGAAUCAAGAAAUUCGUGAACCUGUAAUAUACCAUGAGCCUCAUAGUGCAUGAAGAUAACGCAUUUUGAGGUGUAUUUUGUUUUACAGUCUUGUAGCUGCUGGAAUGCACAUGCUUAAUUUGUGAAACAAUAAAUGUGACUUGAUUUUGAUAUUUAGGUGUUUUAAAACAUCUAUUUUAUGCAAUUUACUCACUUGAUUCUUGUCAACUGGUAUUAACUUUUCUGUUAGUGGUACAUUAAGUAUCUUAAAUUUUAAAUUCAUGAUAAAAAAUGUGUAAAGAAAUUAUUGCAUACAUAAUGAAAUGAACAUUAAAAAAAACACUAAAUGGGUACAAGUAAGAAUUUAUGAAAUGAUUUGUCAUAUUUGGUGAAAUAAAAAUAUGAAAUCAC